AUAAUUAUCCCUGAUUUAAAAAAAGGAGCUGCUCUCCGGAGAGAGGCAGCGCGUGUGUGUGUGUGUGUAUGUGUGUGUUUAUGUGUUUGUGAACCGACCGACAGCCUCUGCCCUGCUGAGAGACAGGAGUAAACAGACAAGCACGCAACUCUCCUUUAGGGAUGACUAUGGAGUGGGGGACUGACACCCCAUCAGUGGCGGAGCUGCAGGACUUUCUAUUGGCUAACAGGGUCCCCACUGGACACGCCAAUCAUGUCUGGCCCCGCCUCUACAUUGGCAAUGAGACAGCAGCGCGCGACACGUCUCUGCUCCACCAGCUGGGCAUCACACACGUCGUCAACGCGGCCAGUGGCCCGCCCCUGGUCAAGACCGGCCCACGUUACUAUAGAGACAUGAAGAUCGACUAUUAUGGGGUGGACGCAGAUGACUCUGUGGACUUCAACAUGACACCGUUCUUCUACUCCACCUCGCGAUACAUCAGGGCAGCGCUCAAUAUGGGAGGGCGAGUGUUUGUGCACUGCCUGAUGGGCGUGAGUAGGUCCGCUACGCUGGUGCUGUCCUUCCUGAUGAUCUGCGAGGGCCUGACCCUGUGGGAAGCGGCGCGAAGCCUCCGGCAGCACAGAGACAUCUGCCCCAACACCGGCUUCAUCAACCAGCUGAGACACCUGGACAUCAGCCUGCAGAGGCAACGCAAGAAGACCUCACACACACACACACACACCUGACGCACCACACACACACCUGACGCACAUCUGACGCACCACACACACACCUGACGCACCACACUGAGGGUUAAAACUCAACCAUACAGCACGCAUGCACGCAUGCACACACACACCACAUGCACGCACGCCCCGAGCACACACACACACACACCACAUGCAUGCACACACUCACACACACAGCACAUGCACGCACACAC